AUGGCUGGUAGAAUAAUGCAUGCGUGGGGGCCGCGCAGCGCUACUCCCGGGAGGCGAAUGCCCUGGGCCUGGCCUAGGCCCUGCGACCGCUCGCGCUCACCAAGGUGCGCCUUCCAUUCUUCGGGGCGUGUGGGUGCCGCCGGGUUCCGGAAUGAGACUCUUUUGCUUCUGACCCAGGCCCUGACAUGUAGAGAAGAACUCCUGACACUUCUUCUGUCACUCCUUCCCUUGGUGUGGAAGAUACCUGUCCAGGAACAGCAAGCAACAGAUUUUAACUUGCCGUUGUCAUCUGAUAUAAUCCUGACCAAAGAAAAGAACUCAAGUUUGCAAAAAUCAACUCAGGGAAAAUUAUAUUUAGAAGGAAGUGCUCCUCCUGGUUCAAUCUCUGCAAAAGUAAACCUUUUUCAAAAAAGCAGACGACAGCGUAAAAGUACCCACCGCUACUCUGUAAGAGAUGCAAGAAAGACACAGCUCUCCACCUCUGACUCUGAAGUCAACUCAGAUGAGAAAAGUACAGUUGUGAGUAAGCACAGGAGGUCCCAUGUGCUACCCCGGAUCCUGACGCAGUCUCCUAAGGAAGACCACCUCCUCGCCAAACUUGUCCCCUCUGCAACCAAAGAACAGAUCCUUUCUGACACCAUGACUUUGGAAAACUCCAGAGAAAUCAUCCCAAGACAGGAUUCAAAUGGCGACAUAUUAAGUGAGCCAGCUGCCUUGUCUAUUCUCAGUAACAUGAAUAACUCUCCCUUUGACUUAUGUCAUGUUCUGUUAUCGCUAUUGGAGAAAGUCUGUAAGUUUGACAUUGCUUUGAAUCAUAAUUCUUCUCUAGCAGCCAGUGUAGUACCCACGCUGACUGAGUUUCUAGCAGGCUUUGGGGACUGCUGUAACUAGAGUGACACUUUGGAGAGACAAGUGGUUUCUACAGGUUGGACUGAAGAGCCAGUGGCUUUGGUUCAACGGAUGCUCUUUCGAACUGUGGUGCAUCUUAUGUCAGUAGAUGUUAGCACAGCAGAGGCAAUGCCAGAAAGUCUUAGAAAAAACUUGACUGAAUUGCUUAGGGCAGCUUUAAAAAUUAGAGCUUGCUUGGAAAAGCAGCCUGACCCUUUCUCACCAAGACAAAAGAAAACACUACAGGAGGUCCAGGAGGGCUUUAUAUUUUCCAAGUAUCGUCAUAGAGCCCUUCUUCUCCCCGAGCUUCUGGAAGGAGUUCUACAGCUCCUUAUCUCUUGUCUUCAGAGUGCAGCUUCAAAUCCCUUUUACUUCAGUCAAGCCAUGGAUUUAGUUCAAGAAUUUAUUCAGCACCAAGGAUUUAAUCUGUUUGAAACAGCAGUUCUUCAGAUGGAAUGGCUGCUUUCAAGGGACGGUGUUCCCUCAGGGGCUGCCGAACAUUUGAAAACCUUGAUCAACAGUGUAGUGAAAAUAAUAAGUACUGUCAAAAAGGUAAAAUCAGAGCAACUUCAUCAUUCCAUGUGCACGAGGAAACGGCACCGGCGCUGUGAGUAUUCCCAUUUCAUGCAGCACCACCGUGAUCUCUCAGGUCUCCUCGUUUCAGCUUUUAAAAACCAGCUUUCUAAAAGCCCCUUCGAAGAGACUGCAGAGGGAGAUGUGCAGUAUCCCGAGAGGUGCUGUUGCUGCUGCAUUGCAGUGUGCGCUCACCAGUGCUUACGCUUGCUGCAGCAGGUUUCCCUGAGCACCACCUGUGUCCAGAUCCUAUCAGGUGUACACAGUGUCGGAAUCUGUUGUUGUAUGGAUCCUAAGUCUGUGAUUAUCCCUUUACUCCAUGCUUUUAAGUUGCCAGCACUGAAGAAUUUUCAGCAACACAUACUGAAUGUCCUUAACAAACUUCUUCUGGAUCAGUUAGGAGGAGCAGAGAUUUCACAGAAAAUUAAAAAAGCAGCUUGUAACAUCUGUACUAUGGAUUCUGACCAACUGGCUAAGUUAGAAGAGACACUGCAAGGCACCUUGUGUGGUGCUGGCCCUUUCUCUGGCUUGCCCAGUCCUUCGUACAGAUUUCAAGGGAUCCUGCCCAGCAGUGGGUCUGAAGACUUCUUGUGGAAAUGGAAUGCAUUGGAAGCUUAUCAGAACUUUGUCUUUCAAGAAGACAGAUUGCAUAACAUACAGAUUGCAAAUCACAUUUGCAAUUUGAUCCAGAAAGGCAAUGUAGUUGUUCAGUGGAAAUUGUAUAAUUAUAUUUUUAAUCCUGUGCUCCAAAGAGGAGUUGAAUUAGUACACCAUUACCAACAACUAAGCAUUACUUCUGUUCAGACUCAUAUGUGUAGCCAACUGAAACAGUGUUUGUCUCAGGAAGUGCUUCAGAUCUAUCUAAAAACUCUGCCUAUUCUACUUAAAUGCAGGGUAAUAAGAGAUUUGUUUUUAAGUUGUAAUGGAGUAAACCAAAUAAUUGAAUUAAAUUACUUAGAUGGGAUUCGAAGUCAUUCCCUCAAAGCAUUUGAAACUCUGAUUAUCAGCCUAGGGGAACAACAGAAAGAUGCUUCAGUUCCAGGUGCCAAUGGGUUAGACAUUGAGCAGGAGUUACCCUCCUUAAGUGUGAGUCCUUCUCUCUGUAAGCAGCAAGCUUCUUCAGAUUCUCCUCGGAGUCUCAGUAAGUUUUAUGCCAGUCUCAGAGAAGCUUAUCCAAAGAAACAGAAGACUGUUCAGCAGGAUGUUCACAUAAACACCAUAAACCUCUUUCUCUGUGUGGCUUUUUUAUGUGUCAGUAAAGAAGCAGAUUCUGAUAGGGACUCUGUCAGUGAGUCGGAAGAUACUUCUGGCUAUGACAGUACUGCCAGUGAACCAUUAAGUCACAUGCUACCGUGUCUGUCUCUUGAGAACGUCAUCUUACCUUCCCCUGAAUGUUUGCACCAAGCAGCAGACAUUUGGUCUAUGUGCCGUUGGAUCUACAUGUUGAGUUCAGUCUUCCAGAAACAAUUUCACAGACUUGGUGGUUUCCGAGUGUGCCAUCAAUUAAUAUUUAUGAUAAUCCAAAAACUAUUCACAAUUCGUGAUGAGGAACAAGGAAAAAGGCAGGGAGAAAUGAGUGUAAAUGAAAACCAAGAGUUAAUCAGAAUGUCUCAACCUGAAAUGACAUCGAAGGAAGGAGAUGUGUCAUCUUCAGCAGCACCAGAACUGGGACAUCUGAAAAAGAGUGCUGACAGCUUGAAUGACUUAGAGUCACAGCACAUGUUUCCCACAAAUGUAGAGCAGACUUUGGUUACUGAAGCUGUUCCUGGGGAAGCAAAGGCAUUUAUGAAUCAAGACAAUGAGACCUCUCUCCAGAGCAUACGACUUUUGGAGUCCCUCCUGGCCAUUUGUCUUCAUAGCUCCAGAGCCAGUCAACAGAAGAUGGAUUUGGAGCUACCUCCUCAGAGCUUGUCUGUGGAAAAUAUAUUGUGUGAAAUGAGGGAACACCUUUCCCAGUCAAAGGUGACGGAAACAGAAUUAGCAAAACCUUUAUUUGAUACCCUGCUUCGAGUGGCCCUAGGGAAUCAUGCAGCAGAUUUGGAUCCCGCAUGCCAGAGAGUAUUGGUGGAUCUCUUGGUAUCUCUGAUGAGUUCAAGAACAUGUUCAGAAGAGCUAACCCUUCUUUUGAGAAUAUUUCUGGAAAAAUCUCCUUGUACAGAAAUUCUUCUCCUUGGUAUUCGGAAAAUUGUUGAAAGUGAUUUUACUAUGAGCCCUUCACAGUAUCUAACCUUCCCUUUGCUACAUACACCUAGUUUAAGCAAUGGUGUCUCACCACAAAAGUCUCCUGGGAUUCUUAACAGUAAAGCCUUAGGCUUAUUGAGAAGAGCACGGCUUUCCCGAGGCAAGAAAGAGUCUGACAGAGAGAGUUUUCCCUCUCGGCUGUUGUCCUCUUGGCACGUAGCCCCAAUCCACCUACCAUUGCUGGGGCAGAACUGCUGGCCACACCUUUCAGAAGGAUUUAGUGUUUCUCUGUGGUUUAAUGUAGAGUAUGUCCAUGAACCGGAGAGUGCUGCAGAAAGAGGAAAGAAGGUAAAGAAAAGAAACAAACCAUCAGUUCUACAAGACAGCAGUUUUGAAGGAUCAGGAAAGUCUUUCAGUUGUUUAUACAGCUUACUGUCCUGCUCAGUACACCAUCUAUGAGCCCGUGAUCCGACUCAAGGGUCAAGUGAAAACUCAGCUCUCCCAGAGACCCUUCAGCUCAAAGGAAGCCCAGAGCAUCUUGCUAGAACCUUCUCAACUCAAAAGCCUGCAGCCUACGGAAUGUAAAACCAUCCAGGGCAUUCUGCAUGAGAUUGGUGGGGCUGGUGUA